GAGGGAGGGGCAGAGUGCUGCCCUGAGAAAUCUUGGGCUUUUCUCCUCCCUAGAAGCAGAGGCUACUCUCUCCAUCCCACUGUCUCCUUCUCCAGAGAAGGCAGCUGGGAAGCUUCUUCCAGCAGUGCUGAGAAACUUCAAUCCAGGGGACAGGCUGAUCCGGCUGACAUGGAUCCAAUCCCAGACCUGUAUGGGACCCCCGGGGACAGUCUAGAUCGCUUUCUGGAACACAGCCUUCAGCCCCAGAGGGACUGGAAAGAGGAAGGGCAGGAUGCCUGGAACAGAAUUGAGAGGUUCUUUCAGGUACAGUGCUUCCGUGAUGAGCUGCUCCUGGACCAAGAAGUCAAAGUGCUUAAGGUGGUGAAGGGAGGUUCCUCAGGAAAGGGGACAACGCUGAACCACAGAUCUGACCAAGACAUGAUUCUGUUCCUAAGCUGCUUCUCCAGUUUCAAACAGCAGGCGAGGACCCGGGAGGCCAUCAUCAGCUUCAUGGAGGAGAAGUUGAUUCACUGUAGCAGAAGCCUGGCUUACAACAUCACUGUCAUUAAACACAAAGACGGCAAAAGGACCCCUCGCUCCCUCACGCUAAAGGUCCAGUCCAGAAAGACUGAUGGCAUUAUUUGGAUGAAUAUUCUCCCGGCUUACGAUGCUUUGGGACCUAUCUCCAGAGACUCGAAAGACGAGAAACCAGCACCAGAAAUCUAUGAAACUCUGAUAAGAAGUAAGGGCUACCCUGGCGACUUCUCGCCGAGCUUCACAGAGUUACAGAGACAUUUUGUGAAAAGCCGUCCUGUUAAACUGAAGAACCUCCUACGGUUGGUGAAGUUCUGGUACCUACAGUACCUGAGAUAUAAACAUAGAAGAGAACAAUUGCCCUCAAAAUAUGCGCUGGAGCUGCUGACCAUCUAUGCCUGGGAAAUGGGUACAAAGAGCAGUGAGAACUUCAAUCUGAUCGAAGGGUUUGUAGCCGUCAUGGAGCUCCUCAGGGACUACCAAGACAUCUGCAUCUACUGGACCAAGUACUAUGAUUUCCAAAACGAGGUCGUCAGGAACUUUCUGAAGAAACAGUUGAAGACAGACCGGCCCAUCAUCCUAGACCCAGCUGACCCCACCAACAACCUAGGGAGCAGAAACGGGUGGGAAAUCGUGGCCACAGAAGCUGCUUACUGCCUGCAUCAGGCCUGCUGCGUGACUGCAGACCCCAGCGGGCGCUGGGAUGUACAGCGAGCGAGGGACAUUCAGGUGACAGUGAGGCAAACGGGAACAGAAGACUGGAUGCUCUGGACAAACCCCUACAGCCCCAUCAGGAAGAUGAAGGCAGAGAUCAGGAGGGAAUUGAAUCUCCGCGGGGAACUGCGUAUCUCCUUCCAGGAACCGAGAGGGGAGAGGCGGCUGCUCAGCAGCCGGAAGACCCUAUCGGAUUACGGGAUAUUCUCUAAGGUGAGCAUCCGGGUGCUGGAGACCUUCCCUCCUGAGAUCCUGGUCUUUGUGAAGUAUCCAGAUGGCCAGAGCAAGCCUUUUGCCAUCAACCCUGAUAAUACGAUCUUAGACCUGAAAGAGAAAAUCAAAGAUGCCGGAGGCCCUUGUACGGAGGAUCAGGUACUACUGCUGGAGGAUGAGGAGCUGAAGGAUGAUGACAGCCUGGCAGACCAUGAGAUCAAAGACUGUGAUACCAUCGAGCUCAGUAGGGACAAUCUAGUCUGGCUGCUCAUGUCCCUGCCUCAUCCUUAGACCUCAACGUGUUCUUUCUAUAGCUUAAAUAUCAGCAUCUCCUUCUCGAGCUUAAAACCCUCCUGUGUUUCCCCAUAAUACAGAUGGAAGUUCAGGCUUCCUUCCCUAAUAGCCAUGGUCUUUAAUAUGAACAAGCUGAGUCCUACUUAGUCCCCCACCCCCACUCCAAACACUCAACUCACACCAAACGCCGAGUGACACCUUGAAACGCACAGAGCGUCGAGUCACACUGAAUACGGAGUACCCAGGACCGAGUCACGCCAAGCACAAGUACCGAGAGCCCAGUCACAGCGAGUGCGGGUCACACUGAGUACAAGUCACACCUCCGUCACUUUGCCUCAACCAUCCUUUCCCCCAGCCUGUGUUUCCGUCUUUCUGUAAGUCACCGAAUCUCAAAGAGCAGACCCCAGAUUGACAGGUUACUCACCUCUGCAGAAACCUUCUAGAAGGGAAGACUAACCCGAGCCAGAUAUUCCACCAA